CUUUAAAAGACUACUAUAGUUAAACAAAUAUUUCAAGUCUUUGAAAUACAUCAUAAUUUUUUCAGGAAUGAAAACAUUAAGCCAAAAUGUCUUUAAAAUACAACAUUAUAUUAUUAUUGUAGUAAUGAGCUAUGCGGUGCCAGUAAAAACCGGAAGUGAUACACUAUCACUUCGUUUAAAAAUCUACUACAUUUCAACAAAUGUUUCAAGUCUUUCAAAUGCAUCAUAAUUAAGUAAUUCAAAAAUGAAAACAAUAAGCCAAAAUAUCUUUAAAAUACAACAUAUUAUUAUUAGUACUGUAGUAAAGAGUGAAGUGGCGGUGGCUGUGUCGGUCGAACCGGAAGUAAUAUACUACCACCGUUCGUUUAAAAUACUACUAUAUUUCAAUAAAUAUUUAAACUCUUUCAAAUACAUCAUAAGGAUUUAAAAAAUGAAAACAUUACACAAAAAUGUCCUCAAAAUACAAUAUUACAUCAUUAUUAGUUCUGUGAAAAUGAGUGAAGUGGCGUAUGCAGCGUUAGCCAAACCGGAAGUGACAAGCAAUCACCGUUCGUUUAAGAUACAGUUUUACUAUAUUUCAAAUAAUCCAUCAAGUCCUUGACAUACAUCACAAUUAUUUUAAAAACAAGCAAAACUGUCUUUAAUAUACAACAUUAUAUUAUAAUUAGUACUGUAGUUAUGAGUUAAGUGGCGGUUUUGAUCAAACCGGAACUGACGCACAAUCACCAUAGGGGAAAAAAAUAAGAUGGCACGAGAGUAUAAAUAUGUUACAUAAUGUAACAGCAUUCAAAUAAAAAGUAUAUAUUUUUAAAAGAUCGAAUUUUGUAGUAGGUUUUAGUGGAUGGGGGAAAGUGGCAGCGGGUGGACGAUUAGCAGUUUAUCUCCAUGGCAACGCGUCUUAGGACGAACGGCGCACGUUGGUUGGCUGUCAGCUUUAGAGCCUUGCGCAGGUAACAAUGACCUCCAACAAUAAGAAGCGCACAAUAUGGACCACAAACCUCACGAAGUCAUGUUUUCCUCCAUCACGCCUGCUACCACUGCAUCUUGGGAGUGACACCAACGCUUCGGGCCGCUGAUUUUUUCCAAAAAUGCCCUAAAGCGACACCUGGCCUGGAGGGACUGGACUGGAGACAAUGAACAGCACCAGCAGCUGCGACAGCAUUGUGAGCGGCCAUUCUGCUUUUAGUGAUGGCAGUUUAGAGCACCUGUCUGCCGAGGAGAAAGCUUGUCUCUUAUUUUUGGAGGAGACUAUCGAGUCUUUGGAGCACGAAGACGACAGUGGCUUGUCUAACGACGAGGUGGACUUCCUGCCUGGCCUUGCCUCCAGACUGGCAGACCUGUCGGUCUCUAUGAGUAAAGGCAAGCUCAAUGGUUUACAAAAGCACAACUCUAUGGAAACACUCAAGGAAAAAUUUGAGUCUAAACCCAUACAGAGCUAUCUGGUCCCAACGCCUUUUGUUUUGGCAAGCAGUUACAAUUCCUCCGAAUCUAAUGGCAAAGCUGGUCUCCAGAUGAAGGAACAUAAAAAAACCCUUUCAUUCAGCAAAAAUUGUGGUGAGAGGCCGGAUGUGACAACUCCAGCAACCAAACCCAAGGACAAUACAGUAAAGAUAAAUGAGAGUCCUUUACCUCGAGGACCUCUAUCCUACGAUGCUCUUGUCUACCUACGGAGGAGCGCUUCCACCAAAAAAACACCUUUGUGUCCUAGAGUUGAUCACACAAUAGACUUGUCCAAGUGUCCUUCGGUCAUCCCAGAAGCUCAGAAUCUUCUAACAAUUUCAAAGUCAGACAGACCUGUCUCAGAAAUAGGCAGGUUUAAGAUAGAUCCCCCACUUGUUGCUCCCAAACCAAAAAUGAUUCCUUCCAAUGUCUCCCGGAUGACACAAAAUGAAGCAGCCAGAGCCACAAACUCAUCAUAUAGUCUCAAGAAUGCAACAGAUCCCAAAGUUGUGAGACUGGAAGCCUUGCAAAAGCUUGGCCUCCUCGAAGACCAACAGCCAGAAAAUCAGUCUGUGGCCCGCCUGCGGCUACCGAAAUAUCAUUCCUUUGUUGAUUCAAAAGCCAAUACAUUUUCAAAACCUUCUGUGAACAUAUGUCCAACGAGAAGCCCCUCUUUUCGUCAUGCUCAAGUGGCUUUAGGGACCAGGAACAAGGAGCUGCAGAGCAGUGCUAUCUUCCACAAGUACUCACUUUCUCAUCCCAGCCAACAUAAAUUAGGGGACGGUAAUGAAGAGCACCCACCUAUAACAGUCAACCCCAAAAAUUAUCCUGAACCGCUACAAAAGACAGCCCCAGAGUCGGAGAAACAGUCUUCCGAAGCGCAACACAUUUCCCCGAAAGCCUCAAACUCAGUUGCAUACACAGUGAUGAUGGUUCCUGGGAUGGGAUCAGACAGAAAAGAGGCUCUCAAGAAGCUGGGAUUGCUCAAAGACAAACACAUGUAAGCAGCAGAGGUCUUAUCGAGUUGAAGAACACCGUCAGCUCAAAAGCGAGUUAGACCAGAUGCAGUUCAAAGACAAAUAUCUGUAUCCCCGUAUUAGUUCGCUUUCGUCUGUCUUUGAUGUCUUAAGGUAUAUUAAGUUUACACACAUUAGUUUGUUGUUUGAUGCAGGAAAGUACAGUAUGUAAUAUCCAUGCUUCCAAGUAGGAAGGACAUACUAUUUACUACUUUCUAAAUGUUCACAGGACUUCAAUAUUGCUGGAGAAAUUCAGGGUUCACGUGUGUGCCUCGACUGGCCUGCGGCAGAUGUAAUGUAUGUAGUUCUACUGAAGCCAAAAGAAAGUUAAGGACUCUUGUUUUUUUCAAAAAAGCUUGGCUUCAUCAUUUUACAUCCUCCUGACUGAAAAGUAAAGGCUAUGUUUAGCUUUUUUCACUCAUGUAUAAGAAGAAUUAAAACGCAUGCAUUGCUAUAAUGUGACAUAUGAGUGUUGAGUAUGAAACGUUUGUUUCGGAACCAGGUCAUUUUGAUGUUUUCCGUGCAGGGCUUGGAGGGAGCCGAUGAGGAUAGUUAGGCAGUACUACUCAUCUUACUCAUGGGACUGCUGCUCUUCCAUUAUCAGAUUAGCUUGAGCCAACAUCGGUAUUAACUAAGCAUUCUGUCAUUUCUCUGCUCGCUGUAUCACUUUUGCAUGUUUGACUUCUAAUUCUGUCCUCCUACUCCAGUGGCGCAGACGAUUAUGUAACAACGUUGCGGCCUGGCAAUGUUGCCUUUCGUGGUCGGUGUUAUCGCCGGUUAAGUUGAAAGGCUUUACCAAUGGGGUCCUACCUGUGUAUUGUAUUUCUAUGCGGCGCAAAACAGAGGGUGUCAAAUUUUGAAACUGACGCUCUUUGUCAGUCAACAAAAAUCCAACACUGAAGAACUGACAUGCAAAAAGGUGCACACACUUUUAAUGACUUGGUUUAUCAACACAAAGAUAAUGAGUAUCAACAACAUUAUGAAUAUACUGAAUGAUUUAUUAACACUGACUAUACAUUUACUGUUUAAUAUGAAACACAUUUUCUAAAUUCUAAUUAAUAAUGUUGACUGGUGUACGUAUGGUUAUAGUUAGUUUUUACUCUAAAACAGAUUGCAUGUUUGAUUGAAGAGUUCUGCUUAAAUAAUUUUGUUAUUGCUUUUUUCGCAUUAUCUCGGGAUUCUAAGAACAAUAAUGAAUAAAAAAAUAUUUUUUGUGUUUGCAAAACUUACAAAAAACCAUGUUUCUAGUAAAACUCACAACGAAACAUUUAUAUAGGCAUUUUUAGAGAUAUUGUAUGUUUGAUUUAGGAGUUAGGCUUGAAUCAUUUUUGUAUUGUUUUUUUCGCAUUGUCUCAGGAUGCGAAGGACAUUAGUGUCAUAUUGAGUAAAAAACGUAUUCCUCUUUUAGCAAACCUUACACAGGCACAUGUUUCUAGUAAAACUCAUAGAGAUACAGCAAUAUAGGCAUUAUUAGACAUAUUGUAUGUUUGGUUUAGGAGUUAUGCUUGAAUAGUAUUUGUAUUGUCUUUUUCAUUUUAUCUUAAGAUGCUAAGGACAUUACUGUCAUAUUGAGUAAAAAACAUAUUUCUCUUUUUACAAACUUUAACAAAGCACAUGUUUUUAGUAAAACUCACAGAGAUACAUUAUUAUAGGCAUUAUUUGACAUAUUGUAUGUUUGGUUUGAGAGUUAGGCUUCAAUACAUUUGUGUGUAUUAUAUUUAUAUAGCGCUUUUCUCAAGUGACUCAAAGCGCUUUACAUAGUGACACCCAAUAUCUAAGUUACAUUUAAACCAGUGUGGGUGGCACUGGGAGCAGGUGGGUAAAGUGUCUUGCCCAAGGACACAACAGCAGUGACUAGGAUGGCACAAGCGGAAAUCGAACCUGCAACCCUCAAGUUGCUGGCACGGCCACUCUACCAACCGAGCUAUGCCGCAAUUUGUUAUUGCUUUUUUCGUGUUAUCUUGGGGUUCUAAGAACAUUACUGUCAUAUUGAUUAAAUAACAAUUUUUUGUGUUUGCUAACCUUAAAAAAAUAACAUAUUUCUAGCAAAACACAAAUAUACAUUAAUAUAGGCAUUAUUAGACAUAUUACACGUUUGAUUUAGGAGUUAUGCUUCAAAAAAUUGUGUUUUGUUUUUUUGCAUUCAUCUCAGGAGUCUAAGAAUUUUAAUGUCAUAUUGAGUAAAAAACGUAUUUCUCUUUUAGAAAACCUUACAAAUGCACAUGUUUCUAGUAAAACUCAUAGAUAUACAUUAAUAUAGGCAUUAUCAGAUAUAUUGUAUGUUUGGUUUCGGAGAUAUGCUUGAAUAAUUUUUGUACUGCUUUUUUCACAUUAUUUCAGGAUUCUAAGAACAGUACUGUCAGAUUGAGUAAAAAAAAAGAAUUGUUCUUUUGGCAAACCUUACCUGAUAUAAUGCAAAACAAGCAAUAAAAAUGUAUUCCAACAUGAAUCCUAAACCCAUCCAUCCAUCCAUCAUCUUCCGCUUAUCCGAGGUCGGGUCGCGGGGGCAGCAGCCUAAGCAGGGAAGCCCAGACUUCCCUAUCUCCAGCCACUUCGUCUAGCUCUUCCCGGGGGAUCCCGAGGCGUUCCCAGGCCAGCCGGGAGACAUAGUCUUUCCAACGUGUCCUGGGUCUUCCCCGUGGCCUCCUACCAGCUGGACGUGCCCUAAACACAUCCCUAGGGAGGCGUUCGGGUGGCAUCCUGACCAGAUGCCCGAACCACCUCCUAAACCAAACAUGCGAAUUGUCUAAACAUGCCAUCCAUCCAUCCAUCCAUUUUCUACCGCUUAUUCCCUUUUGGGGUCGCGGGGGGCGCUGGCGCCUAUCUCAGCUACAUGCCUGUAAUAUUAAAUCUAUGUGAGUUUUACUAGAAUCAGUUGUUUUUGUAAGGUUUGCAAAUACAAAAAUCAGAUUUUGCUCACUAUGACAGUAUACUGUCACACUCAACAUGACAGUUACCGUAUUUCCUUGAAUAGCCGCCGGGGUGCUAAUUAAUUUAAAACCUCUUCUCACUCCUGCACUUAUUCAAGGCAUGCGGUAAACGUAAGCAGGCGCUAAUAAUUUUAAAACAUCUUCUCACCCCUGCGCUUACCAAUGGAAUGCAGUAAAAAAUUGAGUGUGAUGUAAGGAUACCAUCAUGAAAAGCACAUUUAAUUAAAAAAAAAAACCUUAUUAUGGUUAUUAUUUUCAGUACCGAAGGCUUGGCAUAACCUACAAUUGAAUAUUCAACUUAAAGGCCUAUUGAAACCCACUACUCCCCACCACGCAGUCUGAUAGUUUAUAUCAAUCAAUCAAUGUUUAUUUAUAUAGCCCUAAAUCACAAAUGUCUUAACGGACUGUACAAACCAUUACGACUACGACAUCCUCGCAAGAACCCACAAAAGGGCAAGGAAAAGUCACACCCAGUGGGCAGGGAGAAUUCACAUCCAGUGGGACGCCAGUGACAAUGCUGACUAUGAGAAACCUUGGAGAGGACCUCAGAUGUGGGCAACCCCCCCCCCGUCUAGGGGACCGAAAGCAGUGGAUGUCGAGCGGGUCUAGCAUGAUACUGUGAAUGUUCAAUCCAUAGUGGCUCCAACACAGCCGCAAGGAUUCAGUUCAAAGCGGAUCCAAGACAGCAGCGAAACCAUCCCAAGCGGAGGCGGAUCAGCAGCGUAGAGAUGUCCCCAACCGAUACACAGGCGAGCGGUCCAUCCUGGGUCUCGACUCUGGACAGCCAGUACUUCAUCCAUGGUCAUCGGACCGGACCUCCUCCACAAGGGAGGUGGGGACAUAGGAGAAAAAAGAAAAGAAGCGGCAGAUCAACUGGUCUAAAAAGGAGCUCUAUUUAAAGGCUAGAGUAUACAGAUGAGUUUUAAGGUGAGACUUAAAUGCUUCUACUGAGGUAGCAUCUCGAACUUUUACCGGGAGGGCUUUCUAGAGUACUGGAGCCCGAACGAAAAACGCUCUAUAGCCCGCAGACUUUUUUUGGGCUUUAGGAAUCACUAAUAAGCCGCAGUCUUUUGAACGCAGAUUUCUUGCCGGGACAUAUGGUACAAUACAAUCGGCAAGAUAGGAUGGAGCUAGACCGUGUAGUAUUUUAUACGUAAGUAGUAAAACCUUAAAGUCACAUCUUAAGUGCACAGGGAGCCAGUGCAGGUGAGCCAGUACAGGCGUAAUGUGAUCAAACUUUCUUGUUCUUGUCAAAAGUCUAGCAGCCGCAUUUUGUACCAACUGUAAUCUUUUAAUGCUAGACAUGGGGAGACCCGAAAAUAAUACGUUACAGUAAUCGAGACGAGACGUAACAAACGCAUGGGGACGUAACAAACGCAUGGAUAAUGAUCUCGGCGUCUUUAGUGGACAAAAUGGAGCGAAUUUUAGCGAUAUUACGGAGAUGAAAGAAGGCCGUUUUAGUAACACUUUUAAUGUGUAACUCAAAGGAGAGAGUUGGGUUGAAGAUAAUACCCAGAUUUUUUACCGAGUCACCUUGUUUUAUUAUUUGGUUGUCAAAUGUUAAAGUUGUAUUAUUAAAUAGAGGUCGGUGUCUAGCAGGACCGAUAAUCAGCA